AUGCUACGCUGGGCCCGACUGGGGACACGGUCACUGCAUACUGCACGCGCACGCGGCCAGGCCCCACCGCUCCUCCCCACUGGUUGGCAGGCCGUCAUUGGCAUUGAGUGCCAUGCACAGCUCCUGGCACCGACCAAGCUCUUCAGUCCCACCCCACCACCGCCAUUGCACGCGCCACCCAACACACUCGUGUCGUCGUUCGACGCAGGAUACCCCGGGACACUUCCAUGCCUACAAGAGGGAGCUGUCACUGCUGCUCUUAAAGCGGCUCUUGCUCUGCAGUGUCAGGUGGAACACGUGUCUGUCUUUGAUCGAAAGCACUAUGUGUACGCUGACCUUCCUACGGGAUAUCAAAUCACGCAGCACCGACAGCCAUUUGCACGAAAUGGGUCUGUGUCGAUUCGCUUCGAAGAUGGCUUCUUGUCAUCGCCAGACGAUGCGCUCGAUAUUCCUAUCGUGCAGCUGCAGCUCGAGCAGGACACAGGCAAGACGACGUAUGCAGCGACCGAUGACGCGUCGCAGGUAUGCCUUAUUGACUAUAACCGCGCUGGCGUAGCCCUCGUGGAGAUCGUCAGUGCGCCCGUAUUACGCACACCUGAGCAAGCUGGUGCGUACGUCCGCAAGCUCCGGCAGCUCCUGCGAUGUGUCGGUGCCUCAGACGGCAACAUGAAUGAGGGAUCACUGCGCUGCGAUGCCAACGUCUCGAUCCACCGCAUUGGUGAGCCAUUUGGGCCACGCACGGAAAUCAAGAACCUGAACAGCAUCAAGUUCAUGAUGCAUGCACUCGACUUUGAGAUCCGGCGGCAGUUCACCGAAGUCUCACAAGGUCGUGCGGUCGAGCCAUCUACGCGCGGAUUUCACGAGGCCACGGGCGAAACUUACCUUUUGCGCCGCAAGGAAGACGCCUUGGAUUACCGCUUCAUGCCGGAGCCCAAUGUGGGUGCGCUCCAUGUAUCGCCCGUGCAGCUCGCAGCGCUGGCCGAGACGCUGCCUGAACUGCCCGAUGCACGACAUGCGCGUCUGAGGGCCCAAUACGGCCUCUCCGUACGCGACGUCAAUGUGCUUUUGCGGCUCAAUGUGGACGACGAUGGCGAUGCACGAACGGCGCAGAUGGAUGCUGUCGACUACUUUGAAGAGCUCGUGCGGCUCGAGUGUGCGCCACAGGCAGCGGCAAACUGGACCAUCCAUACUCUGCCCAAGUUCCUCGGCCAAAUGCGCCUUGCCUUCCAUCACAAUCCCGUGCCGCCCGCGGCUCUGGCCGAGCUCAUCCACAUGCUCGAUGAAGAGAUCAUCACGCAGUCGACGGCACAAGCUCUUCUCCGGACAUUUGUGCGCGAAAAAAAGAUUCCAACGCGGAAUGGAUGUCUAGCUAUUCGCGAACAUGUGCACGAGAACAAUUUGAACCGCAUGCAUGAUGACGAACUCCGGCCGCUAUGCCAGCAAGUCGUGCGCGCCUUCCCCGCCGAAGUUGAGGCGAUCCAAAAAGGCAAGCAUAAAGUGCUUGCGCGCCUCGUGGGAGAGGCUAUGCGCCAUACACAGGGACGUGCCGACCCUGCUCACAUCACGCGUCUCCUGACCGACAUGACCGGCGCCUCCAUAGGCAAGUAG